CUUGCAAUUUCUCAUCAACUCGGAGUCAUUCCCAACACAACAACACUUCCCUGCCGUCGCGGUUUGCGUUCGCCAGGCAAUCGGAUAGCACACCACGCUAUCUGGAAUACGACCCAGCAGGUCGGAGCUACCAGCGCCAGGAUACCCUACAAGAACGUCACAGAGAUUCACAAUCAUGGCCAGUCAGAUGUGGCUCAAGCGUGUCCUGAUUCCGUUUUGGAUCGUUCAGCUCAUCUUUGUCACCAUCCUCCUGGUCCUCUUCACGUUCUCUCUGGCCGUGGUCAGGGACUACCAGGAAGACUAUGCGGACAGCUACGGCGUGGACCGCAUUAGCAAGCCAGCAUACAGGGCCUUCAACGGAGUAGCGGCGGUGUACAUUGCUCUGUGCGCGUUGACCAUCAUUUUCGACCUCGCCGAGAUCAUCUUGUUGGCGCGCAAACGUCUGAGCCCGACAGUCGUCGUCACGUUCAACUCGAUCCUCACCUUGGUGUGGGCGGUGGUCCUGAUUCUGCAGAUUGUGGGCACCGCCGCCGGGGCCCGGGCCAGUGCUCUGGGAUUCAUCUUCAUCAUUGUGGUGCUCGCGACGUCCCUGGGCAAGCUAAUAUACUCCUCCGUCAUUUUGCAUCGCUAUCGCAAAGGACAAUUCGCUACACGUGGAACUUAUAGCAGCCCGGCGAAUGCGGAGGCAGGGGUCGAGUUCGAUCCCACCCCCAGUGGGCCCGAUACUGCAUACAACCCAGUGCCAGCUCCGUUGAACCCGUUUCGCGACGCAUCCCGCGACCCUUCGCCCGCCGCAGGUAUCCAUCAUCCCACGAGCGGCGCUGCAGCGGCGUACUACCACACAGCUCCGGCGCACGAGAUGCAGCAGACGGUCGUGCGAUAGCAGAUGGUGGCAUGAUGGGUUGUGUUUGUACCUGUGCGGCAAAUUCGUAAUGUAUGGGAUGGAGCCCGGUCCUG